AUGGGGAAUAGCGGUGUAAUAAACAUUGCUCCACAGUCAAACUCGUACAGCCAACAAGAAAGCUGGCCAAGUCAAAAAGGCACGUGGUCACGUCAACGAGCAAACUGGCCAAGUGAACAAGGAAACUGGCCAAGUCAACGAGGGAACUGGCCAAGUCAACAAGGGAACUGGCCAAAUCAACAAGGGAACUGGCCAAGUCAACAAGGGAACUGGCCAAGUCAACAAGGAUACUGGCCAAGUCAACAAGGAAACUGGCCAAGUCAACAAGGAAACUGGCCAAAUCAACAAGGGAACUGGCCAAGUCAACAAGGCAACUGGCCAAAUCAACAAGGAAACUGGCCAAAUCAACAAGGGAACUGGCCAAGUCAGCAAGGCAACUGGCCAAGUCAGCAAGGCAACUGGCCAAGUCAGCAAGGCAACUGGUCAGGUCAACAAGAAAACUGUCCAAGUCAACAAGGAAAAUGA